GUUUUGUUUUGCUACCCAGUGGUCUCUGUGUUGGGUUGGGCUGAUGCUUGCCUCCCUGAAGGACUAAUGGGGCUCCCCAAUCAUCUGCCCGUGUGUGUGUUUGUUGGCCGCGAGACACAUUAGUUAACCCUUGACAGGUUCGCCGGGGCGCGUCUGAUCCCACGGUCGUCGUCGUCCUUCAUUCAACUAACAACUAUCUGAGUGACCUCAUACUCAUCAGCAUUUAGCAGCCAAGAUUCUUGGUUUAACCUUAACGCAACGCACAGGAGAGGGGGCUGAUCUUCCAAGAAGUCUCCGAGAAACCUAUAGUGUACUGUAUUGGGGUCCUAAGGCUGACCCCUAACUUGGGGUCAGAGGAUGCAAGUCACGUGGUACACAACAUGAUUCGUGGAAGGAUUUUGAAACCUUCCUAACCCAAACAAACCUAACCCAACCGAGCCCAAUUCAGCCUAACUUAACCUAACAGAUACAGGUCACAAGUUACAUGGUACACAAGUCUGAUAAGAAGAAACAACAGUUAAACUUUCCCUGUCACCAUUGAUGAUUCACUAACGAGGUAUUAACUACAGAAGCUGCCCCUACAUCACGAAACAUUAUUUUGUCAUGUAGAGGUGAGGAACUUUCAAGCAAAUUGCAUCGAUCCUGAAAAGGAAACCACCAGUGUCUUGAGUGUUGGAAUAGAUUAAGGACGUCUUUGAAAUAUAAAGGCUUACAUGAUGGUGGAUGUGGAUAAUAACCCUUACAAGUGUCCUGAGUGUGGUAAAAGUUUAUAUAGCCAGGAACUAUGAACAGUCACAUGAUAAUACAUACAGACAAUAAACCUCACAAGUGUCCCGAGUGUGGGAAAGGAUUUAAUCAUCUUUGGAAUAUGAAGACUCACAUGGUAGUGCAUACGGAUUAUAAAUCUCAUAAAUAUCCUGAGUGUCGUAUAUAAAUGAAUCACCUUAGAGAUAUGAAACAGCAUAGGACAAUACAUUCAGAUGAUAAACGUUACAAGUGUACCGACUGUGGGAAAAGAUUCAAUUGUGUUCAUAAUAUGAAUACUAACAUGUUGAUUCAUAUGGGUUAUAAACCUUAUGAGUGUCCUGUGUGUGGUAUAAAAAUGAAUCACCUAGGAAGUUUGAAAAGCCAUAUGAUAAUACAUACAAAUGAUAAACCUUACAAGUGUCAAGAGUGUGGGAAAAGAUUCAAUCGUGUUUAUAAUAUGAAUAUUCACAUGUUGACUCAUAUGGGUUAUAAACCUCAUGAGUGUCCUGAGUGUGGAAUAAAAAUGAGUAACCUAGGAGCUAUGAAAAGGCAUAGGAUAAUACAUACACAUGACAAACCUUACAAGUGUCCCGUGUGUGGGAAAAGAUUCAAUCGUCUUGGGAAUAUGAAUACUCACAUGUUGGUGCAUAUAGAUGACAAACCUCAUGCAUGUCCAGAGUGUGGGAAAAAAUUCAGGCAACUUGGAAAUAUGAAGAAGCACAUGUUGGUGCAUACAGAUGACAAACCUCACGAGUGUCCCGAAUGUGGGAAAAGUUUAAAAUACCUUGAAAGUAUGAAGGUCCACAUGAAGCUGCAUAUAUUUAAGUGUUCAAAGCCUGGAAGAAAAUUCAAGGAACAUAACAAUAUAAUAGAUCACACAUCAGUACAUAAAAUUGAAAAACCUUUCGAGUGUACGGAGUGUGGGAGAAAAUUUGAGGAACGUAAUGAUAUAAUCAAUCACAUUUCGGUGCAUUUGGGUGAUAAAUAUCUUGAGUGUUCUGUUUGUGGUAAAGGAUUUGAGAAGCGUGCACUUUUAAAGAGGCACAGUAUAAUACAUACAGAUAAUAAACCUCACAAGUGUCCUGAGUGUGGGAAAAGAUUUAAUCGACUUGAAAAUAUGAAGAGGCACAGGAAGAUGCAUAUAUUUAAGUGUUCAAUGCGUGAAGGAAAAAUUGAGCAUAGCAAUAUAAUAGAUCACAACUCAGUAUAUAUAAUUGAAAAACCUUUCCAGUGUUCAGAGUGUGGGAGACAAUUUGAGGAACGUAGUGAUAUAAUCAAUCACAUUUCGGUGCAUUUGGGUGAUAAAUAUCUUGAGUGUUCUGUUUGUGGUAAAGGAUUUGAGAAGCGUGCACUUUUAAAGAGGCACAGUAUAAUACAUACAGAUAAUAAACCUCACAAGUGUCCUGAGUGUGGGAAAAGAUUCAAUCGCCUUCAAAAUAUGAAGAGGCACAGGAAGAUGCAUAUAUUUAAGUGUUCGAAGCGUGAAAGAAAAUUCGAGGAGGUUAGCAAUAUAAUAGAUCACAACUCAGUACACAUAAUUGAAAAACCUUUCCAGUGUACAGAGUGUGGGAGAAAAUUUGAGGAACGAAGUGAUAUUAUCAAUCACAUUUCGGUGCAUUCGGAAGAUAAAUAUCAUGAGUGUUCUGUCUGUGGUAAAAGAUUUGAGAAGCUUGCAGUUUUAAAGAGGCACAGUAUAAUACAUACAAAUAAUAAACCUCACAAGUGUCCUGAGUGUGGAAAAAGAUUCAGUCAACUUGGAAAUCUAAAUAGGCACAGGAAGGUGCAUACAUUUAAGUGUUCGAAUCGUGAAAGAAAAUUCGAGGAGCAUAGCAAUAAAAUAUAUCACAACUCAGUACAAAUAAAUGAAAAACCUUUCCAGUGUACAGUGUGUGGGAGAAAAUUUGAGGAACGUAGUGAUAUUAUCAAUCACAUUUCUGUGCAUUCGGAAGAUAAAUAUCAUGAGUGUUCUGUCUGUGGUAAAAAAUUUGAGAAGCUUGCAGUUUUAGAGAAGCACAGUAUAAUACAUACAGAUAAUAAACCUCACAAGUGUCUUGAAUGUGGGAAAAGAUUCAAUCGACUUGACAGUAUGAAGAGGCACAGGAAGGUGCAUAUAUUUAGGUGUUCGACGCGUGAAGGAAAAGUUGAGGAGCAUAGCAAUAUAAUAGAUCACAACUCAGUAUAUAUAAUUGAAAAACCUUUCCAGUGUACAGAGUGUGGGAGACAAUUUGAGGAACGUAGUGAUAUUAUCAAUCACAUUUCGGUGCAUUUGGGUGAUACAUAUCUUGAGUGUUCUGUCUGUGGUAAAAGAUUUGAGAAGCUUAAAUUGUUAAAGAGGCACAGUAUAAUACAUACAGAUAAUAAACCUCACAAGUGUCCUGAGUGUGGGAAAAGAUUCAAUCGACUUCAAAAUAUGAAGAGGCACAGGAAGGUACAUAUAUUUAAGUUUUCGGAGCGUGAAAUAAAAUUCGAGGAGCAUAGCAUUAUAAUAGAUCACAACUUAGUACACAUUGGUUCAGGAUUGGUUCAACAGAAAUUGCGAGAGGGGCAGAGACCAAAAGACACAAAAAUGGAAUCGAUACAGAAAGAGGCCAAACCCCCAAUCAUACCAGUGAUACAAAGAUGCGAGAAACAACUA